GCGGGCUCCGUCGGUAAGGAGACGUAGCUUUCCUUGAGGUCCACUACUGCAGUUGGUUCUCGGCGGGAGCCGCGGGGGAUGGAAGCUUCCUGGCGCCAGGUGACCGGUGGCCGAGGCCGAGUCCGAGGACGGGCCACUGCGGUCCCCGCCUCAGGAAAUGGAGGCCACCCCCGCGGCGCUGGAGCAGGGCGAGAAAAGGGGUCGGUGGGCGCGGCUCGUCCUGUUCCCGGCCCGGGCGGAGCCGCGACCGCGGCGGCCGCAGGUGGCUCAGGCAGGCGCAGCCCCGCGGGCUCCGAAGCGCGGCAGACUUCCGUUGCCGGUGGUGAGAAUGGCUCCCGUCCUGCGUCUUACCUGGGUGCCGACUAUGGAGAUAUACGUGAAUUAGAGCGAACAAAGCAGUAUGUAAAUGAAGCUUUCCAAGCAGGGGCUAUGACAUGCUUAAUUUGUAUUGCUUCAGUGAAGAGAAACCAAGCAGUUUGGAGCUGUUCAGGAUGUUUCUGUAUAUUUCACAUGCCCUGUAUCCAGAAGUGGGCUAAAGACAGCCAGUUUCUGGUGUCUUCUCCUUUGACAGAUGAUGAUUUUGGAAAGAGAGAUUAUCCCUGGCCUUGUCCAAAAUGUAGGUUUGAAUACAAACGAUCUGACACUCCUAGUAGGUACUAUUGUUAUUGUGGGAAAGUGGAAGAUCCACCUUCAGAUCCAUGGCUUGUGCCUCAUUCGUGUGGCCAAGUAUGUGAGAGAGAAUUUAAACCUCCUUGUGGCCAUAAGUGUUUACUCCUAUGUCAUCCAGGUCCCUGCCCUCCUUGUCCAAAGAUGGUUACAACUACUUGUUACUGUAAGAAAGCAAAACCUAUUCCUCGCAGGUGUAGCAUGAAGGAAUGGUCCUGUCAGGGCCCAUGUGGGCGGAAGUUGCUUUGUGGACAACAUAAAUGUGAAAAUCCUUGUCAUGCAGGAAGUUGUCUACCCUGUCCAAGAGUUAGUAGACAAAAGUGUGUCUGUGGCAAACAAGUAACUGAAAGAAGCUGUGCAAGUCCAUUGUGGCAUUGUGUUCAAGUAUGUGGAAAAACACUGCCAUGUGGUAAUCAUACAUGUGAGCAAGUUUGCCAUGUUGGUGCUUGUGGAGACUGUCCUAGAUCUGGGAAGAGGUUCUGUCCAUGUCAGAAGUCAAAGUUUUCUUUGCCUUGUACAGAAGAUGUACCAACUUGUGGAGAUAGUUGUGACAAAGUACUUGAAUGUGGAAUCCAUAGAUGUUCACAGCGUUGUCACCGAGGUCCUUGUGAAACAUGUAGACAGGAAGUGGAAAAGCAUUGUCGCUGUGGAAAACAUACAAAACGAAUGCCAUGUCAUAAACCUUACCUGUGUGAAACUAAGUGUGUUAAGAUGCGGGACUGUCAGAAGCAUCAGUGCAGGAGAAAGUGUUGCCCUGGAAACUGUCCACCUUGUGAUCAAAACUGUGGACGGACUUUAGGAUGUAGAAACCAUAAGUGUCCAUCUGUCUGCCACAGAGGCAGUUGCUACCCCUGUCCAGAAACUGUAGAUGUGAAGUGCAAUUGUGGUAAUACAAAGGUGACAGUACCCUGUGGCCGAGAACGUACCACUAGACCACCCAAGUGCAAAGAGCAAUGCAGCCGACCACCAACUUGCCAUCAUACAAGUCAAGAAAAACAUCGCUGUCACUUUGGCUCUUGUCCUCCGUGUCAUCAACCUUGCCAAAAAGUUUUGGGGAAAUGUGGUCACUUGUGUCCUGCUCCAUGUCAUGAUCAAGCGUUAGUAAAGCAAACUGGCAGGCACCAGCCUACAGGCCCUUGGGAACAACCUUCUGAGCCAGCAUUUAUUCAGACUGCAUUACCUUGUCCUCCAUGUCAAGUUCCUAUUCCUACAGAAUGUCUUGGGAAGCAUGAGGUGAGUCCACUACCAUGCCAUGCGGUAGGACCCUACUCUUGUAAGAGGGUUUGUGGACGAAUGUUAGAUUGUCAGAAUCAUACAUGUAUGAAAGAAUGCCACAAAGUGACUGAAACUGAUGCCUCCACUGACAAAAACAAGGCUGGCCCAGAAUGCCUUCAAUGUGAAGAAGGGUGCUCUAAAUCACAGCCGCUGGGUUGUCCCCACCCUUGUGUUUUGCUAUGUCACCCUGGAGAAUGUCCUCCUUGUGUUCAGAUGCUUAGAAUAAAAUGUCACUGCAAGAUCACAAGUCUGUAUGUGGAAUGUAGGCCAUUUGGAGCCCCUGGUAUUCCUAGAGUCUCCUUGGGCUUUCUUAAAAAAUAUAUCUUCAGGCUUGGAAAAAUACAACUUCCUUGUGGUCAUAGAUGUAAAGAGAUGUGCCAUCCUGGUGAAUGUCCCUUUAAUUGCAACCAAAAGGUAAAACUUAGAUGUCCUUGUAAAAGAAUAAAAAAGGAAUUGCACUGCAAUAAAGUACGUGAAAAUCAGAUUUCCAUAGAAUGUGACACAACAUGCAAGGAAAUGAAGCGGAAAGCAUCUGAGAUAAAAGAAGCAGAAGCCAAAGCUGCACUUGAAGAGGAAAAACGGAGACAACAGGCUGAACUGGAGGCUUUUGAAAACAGACUGAAGGGUCGUCGGAAGAAGAACAGGAAAAGAGAUGAAGUUGCAGUUGAACCAACGCUAUGGCAAAAAUACAAAUACUAUCUCCUUCCUGUGUGUGCAGUUGUGGUUUUAGUGGUUGCAUGGUAUAUAGCCCAUGAUGUUGAUUAAAAAUUUUUCAUCUGUUAAUAUACCUCAGGUUGGAUUUAGAUAAGUUGUUAAAUUUGGAAUAUUAGAAAGCCUGUAUUGUAGAACAUGAUACACACACACACACACACACAUACCUGUAUUCUCUUGCAGGUGUUGAUAGAAGGACAAAAUGUUAAGCUUUAUCUUAGCAUACUGGAAGUGGCAACAUAACAUUAUUUAAUAGUAAAAGCAUGACUGAAAUUGUAAAAUAGUUCAGAGGGCACAGCUGCUGGCAGGGUAAAAUGUUAGUUGUUCAUUGUUUUUUCCUUGUGGUAACAUAGUUGUUUCAUUUUCUAUUUUAAACAAUAUGGUUUUUUUCCUCAAAAUUAAGAUAAAACUUAGCUAUAUGUGCAGUAAAAGGAACAUUUCAUAAUGUUUGAUUACUAAUUAAAAAGUACUUUUCUUGGUCAUGCAACUUUGUAUUUAAAAAAAAAAUUACUCUCUGGAAGACCUCUAAAUCGUAACAUGUAGAUACAUAAUUGGAUUCCAGAAAUUGGUUAAUUAGUGAUGAGUUUCUAUCAGUUAUUGAAGUAAAUUUUUAUGUGGUGUGUUCCUCAGAGGAAAAUAUAAUUGUUCUCAAAAAAAUGCCAGGCUAGAUUCCUUACAUGUAGCUAUCUCUUGUGUAAGAAGCUUUCAGCUGAAGCUUGUAUAUAUCUUUUCAAGGUAAUGAUAAUAGAAAAACUAAUAUUUAUGAGCAACAUAUGCUGAGCACAGGGCUUAUGAACUUUAUUACUUCAUUCUCAUUUCUUCUUACCAUAAUCUUGUAAGUAGAUUGCAUCUGGAAAUAGCCAAUUCUGAUGGAAAUAAGAUGAUAGAGAAACAUCAGUAAGCCAAAUCUGUUUGAACUGUAAGUCAUUUUAAAUGGUUUUGCUAUUACUUUUUUGUAUGAUUGUUUUCAUUAAACGGUUUCAUAC